UUACGCGCUUGAAGUUGUAAGUAAAGAGGAUUUUUAAUCUUCUCCUCCUCAUGUUGAACUUAAAGUUUGCGUAUCAUUUCUAAGGUCUAGAUUAGAUCUAAUCUAGAUUAAAUAAACGUUUCAAAUUGGCUUGAAAGCCUUUUUUCAUCAGGAUUUAAAUCAGACUAGCCCCUAGCAGUUACAAUAACGAUGGUCAUUUUAGCUAAGGCCAAUCAAACUAUGGUGAUGAAACACAUACAAAUACUACAACAUGCUGGGAGAUACCUUCAACAUUCUGACAAAUGUUUGGUGACACAAGCAGGAUAUUUGAAAAGCUUUUUUCACUAUUUUGGAGAUUCUUACUUUCUGUUACAAAAACACAAGGAAGCUAAAGUGGAUAUGAAACAUUACUUGUUGGCCACACCAGAGAUUAGCCUAGAAAGCAAGUCACUGGCAGGUUCUUUCCUGGAUAAGAGGGAUGUAGUCUUUGAAUUCCUUACACACAGUUACCGUUACCUACCUGAAAAAGGUUGCCUAAUUGUAGCUAAUACAAUGCUAUCUGGAAUGGAGAUUUUCUUCACCUCAUUUGCAGAGAUCCCACUAACCAGAGAGAGACACACAGCUCUCUUUGAAGAUUUCAUAGAUGUAGAGAUGAGAGAGGCCUUAUCAAAGUUUAAUAACAACGUUUGGUUGUGGGCAAGGUAUUCCUUUUUUGAUGUAUUUGAUAUGCCACCUUCUAAUAUUCCUCAUGGCCAUUGGUGGUGGAUGAAGACAGCUGAAAAAAAUAUAUAUUUUGAUUCAUUUAAUUUUUCAUGAAAAUGUAAACCUGACAAUGCGUUAUAAAAUGUAAUAUAUUAUUUCUAUACUAUUUAAUAUAAAACGAUCGAUUUUAGUGAAAUUUAAUUCUCAAUAUGUAUGUUUCAGUAAAGCUUUGGGUUUAGAUUAUGGAUUAUUAAUGAAGAUUGAUAAAGAUCUCUUUUACUAAUUCUUGGGAAGAAAAACUUGUCAAUGUUUUGAACACUAAAUCUGUACAAACCUGUUCUAAAUACAACAAUGCCUAUUUAUUAUUGUGUCUGUUAGAGAAAACCAAGUUUAAUCACUGCUGGAUGGAAUGGAAGAGACACUACAAGAAACAUUUCCAGCCUAGCGCUUCUUACAUUUUCCCCCUACACUGGCAAAAUAUAGUGUAUGGUAUAUUCUGCCAUAAGUAAAUUGCUAGGGAAUAAAAGUUGGAUUUGUAUUGUGGAUUAGAAAGUAUGAAUAGUUUGCAGAAAUGGCGUGUUAGAAUGUAUUGUGGUGGGUGUUCUGGUUCAGUGUGUCUAUAGAACUUAAUGCUUGUUGUGUCUGUGUGUGGACGCCUACAUUGCAUUUAUUUGAUAUUAACAGUCUGUUAUUUGGUAUUGUCAAACAUUUUUAUAUUAAAAAAGCCAAAA